GCGGCCCGUCGCGUCGCGCUGCGGAACCGUCGGAGCGACGCCGCUCUCAGUCGGCGGCCGGAGAGGGAAGAUGGACGCAGCUACUCUGACCUACGACACUCUUCGAUUUGCUGAGUUUGAAGAUUUCCCGGAGACCUCAGAGCCUGUGUGGAUACUGGGUAGAAAAUACAGCAUCUUCACAGAAAAGGAUGAGAUCUUGUCCGAUGUGGCGUCCAGACUUUGGUUUACAUACAGGAAAAACUUCCCAGCCAUUGGGGGCACUGGCCCCACCUCGGACACGGGCUGGGGCUGCAUGCUGCGGUGCGGACAGAUGAUCUUUGCCCAGGCCCUGGUGUGCCGCCAUUUAGGCCGAGAUUGGAGGUGGACACAGCGGAAGAGGCAGCCGGAUAGCUACUUCAAUGUCCUCAACGCGUUCAUCGACAGAAAGGACAGUUACUACUCCAUUCACCAGAUAGCACAAAUGGGAGUUGGCGAGGGCAAGUCCAUCGGCCAGUGGUACGGGCCCAACACCGUUGCCCAGGUGCUCAAGAAACUGGCUGUCUUCGACACCUGGAGCGCCUUGGCAGUCCACAUAGCAAUGGACAACACGGUGGUGAUGGAGGACAUCAGAAGGUUGUGCAGGGGCAGCCUUCCGUGUGCGGGGGCCGCUGCGCUCCCCGCGGACUCCAGCCGGCAUUGUAACGGCUUCCCUGCGGGAGCUGAGCUCACCAAUAGGCCGGCACCGUGGAGACCCCUGGUGCUUCUCAUCCCCCUGCGCCUGGGGCUCACGGACAUCAACGAGGCCUACGUGGAGACCCUGAAGCGCUGCUUCAUGAUGCCCCAGUCCCUGGGAGUGAUCGGAGGGAAGCCCAACAGUGCCCACUACUUCAUCGGCUAUGUUGGUGAAGAGCUCAUCUACCUGGACCCUCACACGACACAGCCAGCGGUGGAGUUCACCGACAGCUGCUUCAUCCCAGACGAGAGCUUCCACUGCCAGCACCCGCCGAGCAGGAUGAGCAUCGGGGAGCUCGACCCGUCCAUUGCCGUGGUGCGUCCCCCACUGCGUCCUGCCUCCUCCUCUGACCACGGCUUCUUCUGUAAGACCGAGGACGACUUUGAUGACUGGUGCCGACAAGUCAGGCAGGUGUCGCUGCUCGGGGGUGCCCUGCCCAUGUUUGAGCUGGUGGAGCAACAACCUUCGCACCUGGCCUGUCCUGAUGUCCUGAACCUGUCCUUAGAUUCUUCUGACGCAGAGCGACUGGAAAGAUUCUUUGAUUCAGAAGAUGAAGACUUUGAAAUCUUGUCUCUUUGAAAAUCCUGGAGUUGGGGGACGGUAUCCACUGGCCCUCCCUGGGGGCACGUUCGAGAGCCCGGCCCUGCUUCGGGGCGCUUGGCGCCGCCACAUUUCAUCCAUCCAGCCUGCCCGUCCGCUGAAUGCCCGUGCCCCGUGCCGCCUCCGCCCGCAGACGGAGGACUGCCCUGUCCCGGAGGCCUUCCUGUGAGCCCCGGGGCUGCGCAGGCCUGGAGGGCUCGUCGGGCUCCCGGGCACAAAGGAGGAGCCGCCUGCGGGAAGCCCCGCGCAGCCCGUCAGGAGCUCCUGAGAGCAGAGCCUUCCACACUUCCCAGAGCUCUCCCUGCGACACUGCCAGCCCUGCACCCGCCUCUGCCCUGCUUCCUCCUGAGCGCUCGGUUCUGGGUUUACUUGUUGGAAGUUACAAGGACAUGCAUUUCUGUGGGGCGUGUCCCGAGUCCGUCUUCUCCGAAGACUUGCGGGGCGGGGGCAGGCGUGUGCGGAGUGCCGCCUGCGGACUCGGCCCGGGCCCUGCCCUCCACGGCCUCUGCCCGGCGUGCUUGUCAAGGGCUACCUCAGUGGGGGAUCAGACUGAAAGAAUUCCGGCAAGGUUUGUCCUUGCUUUGGGGAGCAAAGUAGUGAAGUGGUGGGCAUGGUGGAAAUCCAAAGAUGUCACCGAGCGUGCGUGGGACUCGCUAGGACAGGGACAUGCCUGCUCUCCCGGAGCCGCAGGUAGAGCCUGAGUGGGAUGCGCCUUUCUCACGCCUCCUUUGCGGGCCCCAUGUGCUGCCGCUCUCUUGUCUCGCCAGCUUCCCCCGGGUCGGGGGUCUGUGGCCUUCAGGCCUGGGGGGAGGGGGCACGGCACGCUGCCAUCCAGAGCCUUCCUCCCGGUCACCAAGGCUUUAGAUGGUUUGGGGCCAGAGGGUAAAGCCCACAGCUUGACGCGUGAGCCCGGCGCCCCCAUCCCUCUGUGUACCAGUCAGAGACGUUUCCAGACCCUUGUCAGCACUAACUUCAGCACCUGCGGCCUUCAGCCCAUGUACUCGGGGCCCAAACUGCACCACUCCCACCCGGGUUUGCCGUCCGUCCUGGAAGACUGGCUUCUGUCCCACCGGAGGCGUAAAGGGGCUCUGGGGGGCUCGGGUGGAGACGAUGGCCUCUCCCAGAGCGCCUCCACUCGCAGCCUCCUCCAAGUCCUUGCUUGGGCGGGCGGGGCUGGAGCACACGUGUGCCCCGGGCCUGCUCGUCCUGCCGGCCCACGUGUUGCCCACAUAAGCGAUUUUCUUUUUUCCCUUCUGUUCCCUGCACCCCGUCUGUGAGGUCGAGUUGGGGGAGCAGGGAAGGCUGGCUGGUGUCCACUCCUCCAGCGCUGCACUUCUCUGAACGAACAAAUGUGCCGCCGC